GACCCGCGGCCGCCCGCCGCCGAGCGCGGGAGGGCAGGCAGGGGCAGGAGCCGGAGGGCCCGGGGCGCGGCGCGGCAUGUAGCUGCGGGCUCCCGCGUCCGCGUGAGGCUGUCGGCCCGGGGCCCCGCCAUGGCUGGGAUGGACAGUGGCAACCUGAAGACCGUGAGGCUGUGGCGGGACGCCGCCCUGCGUGCCAGGAAGCUGCGGAGCAACCUGCGCCAGCUCACGCUCACCGCCGCCGGGGCCUGCCCCGGGGCCGGGGCCGACGCGCUCGAGUCCCCCGCCUCCCCCCAGCUCGUGCUGCCGGCCAACCUCGGGGACAUUGAGGCACUGAACCUGGGGAACAACGGCCUGGAGGAGGUACCCGAGGGGCUGGGGUCGGCGCUGGGCAGCCUGCGCGUCCUGGUCCUGCGCAGGAACCGCUUCGCCCGGCUGCCCCCGGCGGUGGCCGAGCUCGGCCACCACCUCACCGAGCUGGACGUGAGCCACAACCGGCUGACCGCCCUGGGCGCGGAGGUGGUGAGUGCUCUGAGGGAGCUGCGGAAGCUCAACGUCAGCCACAACCAGCUGCCCGCCCUGCCCGCCCAGCUGGGCGCUCUCGCUCACCUGGAGGAGCUGGACGUCAGCUUUAACCGGCUGGCGCACCUGCCUGACUCCCUCUCCUGCCUCUCCCGCCUGCGCACCCUGGACGUGGAUCACAACCAGCUCACUGCCUUCCCCCGGCAGCUGCUGCAGCUGGCGGCCCUGGAGGAGCUGGACGUGUCCAGCAACCGGCUGCGGGGCCUGCCUGAGGAUAUCAGUGCCCUGCGUGCCCUCAAGAUCCUCUGGCUGAGUGGGGCCGAGCUUGGCACGCUGCCCGCCGGCUUCUGCGAGCUGGCCAGUUUGGAGAGCCUCAUGCUAGACAACAACGGGCUGCAAGCUCUGCCCGCCCAGUUCAGCUGCCUGCAGCGGCUCAAAAUGCUCAACCUCUCCUCCAACCUCUUCGAGGAGUUCCCUGCUGCGCUGCUGCCCCUGGCUGGUCUGGAGGAGCUCUACCUUAGUCGCAACCAGCUCACCUCGGUGCCAUCCCUUAUCUCGGGCCUGGGCCGGCUUCUCACCUUGUGGCUGGAUAAUAACCGCAUCCGCUACCUGCCGGACUCCAUCGUGGAGCUGACCGGCCUGGAGGAGCUCGUGCUGCAGGGGAACCAGAUCGCUGUGCUGCCCGACCACUUUGGCCAGCUCUCCCGGGUGGGUUUGUGGAAGAUCAAAGACAACCCACUGAUCCAGCCCCCCUACGAGGUCUGCAUGAAGGGGAUCCCCUACAUCGCAGCCUACCAGAAGGAACUGGCUCAUUCCCAGCCGGCGGUGCAGCCCCGGCUCAAGCUGCUCCUCAUGGGGCAUAAGGCUGCAGGAAAGACUUUGCUGCGCCACUGCCUCACCGAGGAGAGAGUGGAGGGAUUCCCAGGAGGAGGGGACAAGGAGAAGUGCUACCCACCGUCACCUCCCCCUGUGAGCAAGGGCAUCGAGGUGACCAGCUGGACGGCCGAUGCCUCCCGGGGCCUGCGGUUCAUCGUGUAUGACUUAGCUGGGGAUGAAAGUUAUGAGGUGAUCCAGCCCUUCUUCCUGUCCCCAGGGGCCCUAUACGUGCUGGUGGUCAACUUGGCCACCUAUGAGCCUCGCCACUUUCCUACCACCGUGGGCUCCUUCUUGCAUCGGGUCGGGGCGAGAGUGCCCCACGCGGUGGUUUGCAUCGUGGGCACCCACGCGGACCUGUGCGGAGAGCGUGAGCUGGAGGAGAAAUGUCUGGACAUUCACCGCCAGAUCGCCCUGCAGGAGAAGCACGACGCGGAGGGACUGAGCCGCUUGGCCAAGGUGGUGGACGAGGCACUGGCCCGGGACUUCGAGCUGCGCUCUGCCAGCCCCCACGCAGCCUACUACGGCGUUUCGGACAAGAACCUUCGACGGCGCAAGGCCCAUUUUCAAUACCUGCUCAACCACCGGCUGCAGAUCCUCUCCCCGGUGUUGCCUGUUAGCUGCAGGGACCCGCGCCACUUACGACGCCUUCGGGACAAGUUGCUGUCAGUUGCUGAGCACCGAGAAAUCUUCCCCAACUUACACAGAGUACUGCCUCGAUCCUGGCAGGUGCUGGAGGAACUGCAUUUCCAGCCACCUCAGGCCCACCGACUGUGGCUAAGCUGGUGGGACUCGGCGCGCCUGGGCCUGCAGGCGGGUCUGACCGAGGACCGACUGCAGAGUGCCCUCUCCUACCUGCAUGAGAGCGGCAAGCUACUCUACUUUGAGGACAGUCCGGCUCUCAAGGAGCACGUCUUCCACAACCUCACUCGCCUCAUCGACAUCCUCAAUGUCUUCUUCCAGAGGGAUCCGUCUUUGCUGCUGCAUAAGCUGCUCCUAGGGACCAGUGGAGAGGGCAAGGCGGAGGGGGAAAGCUCCUCGCCCAUGGCGCGGUCCACCCCCAGCCAGGAACUGCUCCGGGCCACCCAGCUCCAUCAGUAUGUGGAGGGCUUUCUGUUGCAUGGGCUCUUGCCAGCUCAUGUCAUUCGGUUGCUGCUUAAGCCUCAUGUCCAGGCCCAGCAGGACUUGCAGCUGUUGCUGGAGCUGCUGGAGAAGAUGGGACUCUGUUACUGCCUCAAUAAACCCAAGGGCAAGCCUUUGAAUGGGUCCACAGCUUGGUACAAGUUCCCAUGCUAUGUGCAGAACGAGGUGCCCCAUGCAGAAGCCUGGAUUAAUGGGACCAACCUAGCUGGGCAGUCUUUUGUGGCUGAGCAGUUGCAGAUUGAAUAUAGCUUUCCUUUUGCUUUUCCACCUGGGUUGUUUGCACGGUACAGCGUCCAGAUCAACAGCCAUGUGGUGCACAGGUCGGAUGGUAAAUUUCAGAUCUUUGCCUAUAGAGGGAAAGUUCCUGUGGUUGUGAGUUACAGACCUGCCAGGGGAGUCCUGCAGCCAGACACCCUGUCCAUUGCUAGCCAUGCAUCAUUACCAAAUAUAUGGACCGCAUGGCAAGCCAUAACCCCCUUGGUGGAGGAACUGAAUGUCCUACUUCAGGAAUGGCCUGGACUGCACUACACCGUGCACAUUCUCUGUUCUAAGUGCCUUAAGAGAGGAUCGCCCAAUCCACAUGCUUUUCCAGAUGGAGUCUCACUCUGUCGCCCAGGGUGGAGUGCAAUGGCGCGAUCUCAGCUCACUGCAACGUCUGCUUCCCGGGUUCAAGCGAUUCUUCUGCCUCAGCCUCCUGAGUAGCUGGGAUUACAGGCGCGUGCCACCACGCACGGCUAUUUCUUAAAUGAUGCCUGGCAAGUGCUUUUUUGGUUGUUUAUGAUAUUUUGUUUGUUUGUUUGUUUGUUUGUUUGUUUUGAGACUGAGUCUCGCUCUGUCUCCAGGCUGGAGUGCAGUGCCGCUAUCUGAGCUCACUACAUCCUCCACCUCCUGGGUUCAAGUGAUUCUCCUGCCCCAGCCUCCCGAGUAGCUGGGGUUACAGGCACAUACCACCACCCCCAGCUAAUUUUUGUGUGUUUUUUUUUUUUUAGUAGAGACGGGGGUUUCACUAUGUUAGUGAGGCUGGUCUCGAACUCCUGACCUCAGGUGGUCUGCCCGCCUUGGCCUCCCAGAGUGCUGGGAUUACAGGUGUGAGCCACCAUGCUCGGCCUGUGAUGUUCUUUAUUUUUAUGCAUUUUAAAGGAAGCCAGUGUCAUUGUCCCAUGUGGUUUUUCUGGUAUACGUAUUCCUGCCUUCCAUAUCUAUCGCCUAAUUCUUACAGAAAUGGGGGAAGAGUGGGCAAGGGGCACUUAGCAGCAGGAUGCAAGUGUGCAUUUAAUGCAGGAGCUGGCCACAGAAAGCCUUCUACCACCUGACCUUGAGGCAGUGAAUACUCCAACCUCCCAAAGCUGAUGGUUCACUGGCUGCUGCUUUCUUUCUUUUUUUUUUUUUUUUUUGAGACGGAGUCUUACUCUGUCACCAGGUUGGAGUGCAGUGGCUCAAUUCUCCUGCCUAAGUUCAAGUGAUUCUCCUGUCUCAGCCUCUCGAGUAGCUGGGAUUACAGGCAACUGCCACCACGCCUGACUAAUUUUUGUAUUUUUAGUAGAGACAGCAUUUCACCAUGCUGGCCAGGCUGAUCUCAAACUCCUGACCUCAGGUGAUCCGCCUGCCUCAGCCUCCCAAAGUGGGAUUACAGGCGUGAGCCACCAGGCCCAGCCAACAUUCUAUAGGGGGGAGCAUAUAGAUGGUGAGGAGCGUGAGGUCUGAUGGUGGAGGUGGAAUAGGUGCAGGAAGGAAGAUGUUUUCAGUGGUUCCCGGAAAGUGUGUACAGGUUACACCUGCUGGUGUGAGUUCCUGGAAGGUCAUGGAAGGGUGGCUGGCGUAAUGCAGAGAUGAUCGCAUGUGUACUCUAUACGACGGUGGCUGCGUGGAUAACAGUUCCCAGAAUCCACUGCUAGCAGGGCUGACUUAUUUGUGGAGACCAAGAAGGAAACAUUCUGAGUUAUUUUUAUUUUUGGCACUAAAUCCUUCAGAACAUUUUUCCUUCCUCAAUCUCUUAGCUGAAAAUACUGGGGCUUUGUUUAUUAAAAGAGUAAAUUUAAUGAAAAGCUAUUACCAACAAGUUUUUUUCUUUUGCUGUAAAUUUAUAGAAGCAAAGAGUCUAAAAAGUGCACGUUGGAGCAGGAGAAGAAUGUGGGCAGAGGAAGACAGAGGCAUCGGGUUACUGCUGGUGGGUUUGCAGGGACAUUGUGAGUUUGGAGCCUGUUUCACCCAUCUUAGGAAGGUAUGGGUCAGGCGUGAUGGCUCACACCUGUAAUCACAUCACUUUGGGAGGCUGAGGAGGUGGAUCACUUGAGGUCAGGAGUUCGAGAACAGGUUGGCCAGUGCGGUGAACCCUCAUCUCUACUAAAAAUACAAAAAUUAGCCAGGUGUGGUGGUGUGUGCCUGCAAUCCCAGCUACUUGGGAGGCUGAGGCAGGAGAAUCACUUGAACCCAAGAGGCGGAGGUUGCAGUGAGCUGAGAUCGCGACGCUAUACUCCAACCUGGGCGACAAAACAAGACUCCAUCUGUGGGAAAAAAAAAAAAAAAAAAAAGGAAGGGAUGUCCUGCCCUAGACCGACAGCCCCCAGCACCCAGCCUGUUGCAAAUGGUUUCUUUCACUUUUGCAAAUCUGAACAAGUAUGCUUGGGAGAAGGGCAAGGAGGCAGGGAAACUGGAAUCGUGUUAAGACUACUCUCUGGAGGUUUCUGUUGUGCGUGUGCCAUUCUGCCUUUUGGGUGAUGUGGCUUAAUGAGUCAAGCCCUGAUGACUGAUGCUGCUUUUCUUCCUCAUCUUCCUCCUCCUCUUCCUCCUAUUGAGUGAAAGUCACAUAAUAUGAAAAAGCCAUUUUAAAGUAAACCAUUCCCUGUCAUUUAGUACAUUCCCAGUGUUGUGCACCUGCCACAUCUCAGCCAAGCACCUUUGGAGGGGUGGGGCAGAUACAUUGGUGUCAUUCUUCCUGGGGCCAAUUGACUGGGAAUUGUUUUGCCAGGCUUUGUAGCAACUUUCUUUCCAAGGUGUGACUUAAGAAGAGUAGGGGUUUUGGGGCUAGGCCUGGAGAUGCCAUGUUGAUUGGAGAUCUUGGACACGGUUGUGGGGAUCCUCUUAGUGUGGAUGAGAGGACAGAAAGGAGGGCAUGCAAGCCUCCUGGUCUGUUCUAGGGUGUAUGUGAUUUAAUGAGGGGUGACAUACACGAGCUCGGUAAAGAACACCUAGAAGAGAAGUACAUAUAAAUGUUGUGUAAUUCCUGUCUUCUGCAUAGAGCUUUUUUUUUUAAACAUAAAUUUUAAGUUUAACUCCUGGAAUGACUGGCAAGACCUAAUGAAAGUAGAGUGGCAGCGGGUGGUGAUGGUGGCAGUGAUACAAAUUUAGAUGAUUACCAAAUUAGAUAAGUGUCAUCAAUCACUGGUGAAUACCUGCUCUAUACAGAAGUUUGUACUGAACUGGGAGUUCUAGGAAAAUAAAAUACAUGAUCUUGGGCUUGGGGAGCUGUGUUGGGAUCUUGGUUAAUGUCAUUGUUGAUUCUUGUAAAUACGGAAUCUGACCCCAUAUGGAGAAAAUCAUUUGCAUAUUUGAAUGUUACUUUUGGGGGAACCCUGGCUUUUGAUUUUGCCAGAAAAAAAAUGUGAUCCUACUGAGCAAAGCAGGCCACAGCUUUGAAUUUCCUUCAGAUGUAUGAGUAGGUGGAAAGUAAUGGUCAAGUCAUUCUUUUGAGCUGACUUGCAGUUUGGAUUACUUGUUUGCGAGAAAUCUCAGGCAGAACUUGUGAGGAUGCUGGAAAAAGGAAAUUCAUUGUAUAUGAGGAUUUCUAAAAACUUCCCAAACGAAUCAGCCUUUCCAAGGAAAAGAAAUGCCUCUUCUUCAGGAGUCCUUGCCUUUUUUUUUUUGAGAUGGGAGUCUUUCUCUGCCACCCAGGCUUGAGUGCAGUGAUGCGAUCUUGGCUCACUGCAGCUUCCGCCUCCUGGGUUCAAGUGAUUCUCCUGCCUCAUCUCCCAACUAGCUGGGACUACAGGCAUGUGCCACCACACCCAGCUAAUUUUUCUUGUAUUUUUAGUAGAGACGGGGUUUCACCGUGUUGGCUAGCCUGGUCUCAAUCUCCUGACCUCGAGUGAUCCUCCCGCCUCGGCCUCCCAAAGUGCUGGAUUACAGGUGUGAGUCACCAUGCCUGGCAGUAGUCCUUACCUUUUUUGUCAUUUAUAGACUUGCUCCCAUCUGGGGAAGGAUUCAAAUCAUCAGUCAUUUCUGAACACCAAAGACUAUAUGAAUGCUGACUCCAAAGACAGCAUCCAUUAAAGUGCAUAUCAUCAUAAUAAAAAUAUAUGACUGCUGGAUUUCUUUGCUGAGAGAUGCUUUGAAGUACUUUUCUACUAUUAGCAUAUUAAAUGUUGAGAAAAUUAAAGAGUUUAAUUUUCUUAGAUCCUCCUCAUUCCUAAAAUGAAGUCUGUGCUAUUAACAUUGUAUUAGUACUAGGUUAUAGCAGUAGUGAAUUUUAGGUCUCUAGAGCAAGCCUCCCUCCCUUCCUCCUCACUCUUUCUGUCCUUCCCUCCUUUUUUCCUUUUUUUUUUCUUUUUUUGAAAGGAAGGAAUUUUUAAAAAAGUAAUGGAAAGGGAAAACAUAAAACCAGAAAAAUAUUUCGCCUGGGUGCCGUUGUUUGACUUACCAACUUUAUUAUUGUUUUAAUAUGAUUCUUGUUUUUCAUGUCAUCAAGGUAAUUGUGUUAAUCAUCACUUCAGUCUCCCUAUUUUUGGAGAAAAAUAGAAGAGGUGACAAUGUUGACGUUUUCUCAUGUUGCAGAGACGGUGCUAAGUGCCUCCUAGGGGUGAUCUCAUUUAAUUCCCACAGCAGCCCUAGGAAGUAGGUAUUAUUACUGUCUUUGCUUUCAGAAGGAGAAAUUGACAUUUAGAAAUUAAGUGAAUUCCCCAGAGUUAGAGAACUCUAGGAUAUCAGCCCCAAACCUCUGCUCUGACCCACCGUCACGUGGGUCUCAGUUAGGUUGCCAUUGAUUUCCAGAGUACACCAGCUCACCUCCUCUCCCUUCAUAUUCUAAGUUCUGGGCAGACAGGCUGGUACUGCACAGGAGCUGCCCGUGCAGAGGUCAGCGGAGGUCAUGGUCAGGUGGAGGUAAGGUUGGGAGAGCGCCAUCAGGGGUCUCAGAGAAGCGUUCCCAGAAAGGCCACACUGCAGUUGAGUGUCAGAGGAUGAUUUCUAGUUAACCACCUGAAGAAGGGAGGUGGAGCAUUUCCAGUUAGAAUGCCAUUUAAAAGGCAGGGAGCAGACAAAGACUUCAGCAGGCCUAGGGGUGGGCAUGUGUGGGCACAGAUGCGUUUUGCAUUUAGAAAUUAUGGUAAGGGAGAGACUUCUUUGUUUAAAUGGCAUUCAUGGACUGGUAGACACUUGCCAGUGACCCACUGGCCCGUCUACUAGAGUUUUAGAAGCAUUGUUCUAGCCUGUCCCUUUGGCAUUGGGCUGUGCUCUCUUGAGACCUUGGAAGAGAUUUAUGGCUGGGAAAACGGAAGGGUAGUUUCACAUGAUUUGCUCAGACUCAUAAUCAAGUUAUUAUUAAGCUGACAGAACACCUGCUCUGCAGAGCCAUGUCUAAGCGUGCUGCUGGUCACUUUCACUAUGUCGGAGUAGAGGGAGAAGAGGAGCAUUGGUUAUUCAUUCUAACAUCAGCCAGAGAGCCGCAUGCCUCUGUAAUCCCUAGGAAUGUAUUCCAGAACAUCGAUUUUCCCUGCUCUAAAUCUUACCCUAAUAGACCCUGCAAUAAAGGCCAAUUCGGAUCUGACACAAUUACCAUUUUAUUGUGGGCUGUUUAAGUUUCACUAUAUUUACUGUAUGCUUUUUUGUGUGUGACACUACUCACUGACUGAAAAUGCCAUUUUUAUUAAAUUUGCAUUAAUGGAACACCGUAGUUUUUUUUUUUUUUUUUUUUUUUUUUUAGGCAGGGUCUCACUCUGUCACCCAGGCUGGAGUGUGCAGUGGCACAGUCACAGCUCACUACAGCCUUGACCUUCUGGGCUCCAGUGAUCCUCCCACCUCAGCCUCCCCAGUAGUUGGGACUACAGGUAAAUGCCACCAUGCCCAGUUAGUUUUUAUAUUUUUUAUAGAGACAGGAUUUUGCCACGUUGCCUGGGCUGGUCUCAAAUGCCUGGGCUCCAGCAAUCCACUCACCUUGGCCUCUCAAAGUGCUGGGAUUACAGGUGUGUGGCACUGCACCGAGCCCUGGACCACUAUGUCUUAUGCACUUCAUUUGUUGGACACCACUUACCGCACUAUGACAGUGGUUUCAUUUUUUUUCUUUUUCUUUUGACUGAGUCUUGCUCUGUCAUGCAGGCUGGAGUGCAGUGGCAUGAUCUUGGCUCACUGCAACCUCUGUGUUCUGGGUUCAAGCGAUUCCCUUACCUUAGCCUCCUGAGUAGCUGGGACCACUAUGUAGAAGAGUGAUAAGUUUGUGGAUAAAAACUCUUUUCUUCAUAGAAGAGGUGGAAUACAGUAUGAUCUCUGUUCAUAUGAACACCUUAUGCUCUUUUAAAAUUACUUUUUCCCCUUUAUAAAAACUUAUAGGCCAGGUGUGUUGGCUCACACCUGUAAUCCCAGCACUUUGGGAGGCCGAGGCGGGAGGAUCACGAUGCAUACACCACUAUGCCCGGCUAAUUUUUGUAUUUUUAAUAGAGACGGGGGUUUCACCACGUUAGCCACACUGGUCUCGAACUGCUGACCUGAGGCAGUCUGCCUGCCUCAGCCUCCCAAAGUGCUGGGAGUAUAGGCAUGUGCCACCACGCCCGGCCGACAACAGUGGUUUCUUGCAUCUUAUCAUCAUUUGAGUUUGUCUUCCCUUGCCUGCCAACUUAUCAAAGUUUCCUCAAUUACAUUUAAUCAAAUCCUAGGAAGUACAAGAUAUUUUUAAGUGUUAGGUUAUAUUUUGUUUGUAUUUGCUUUAUAGUUUGACUUGAAACAGUUGGGAUUUUGUGUAGUUUUCGAAUUGAAGCAUUAUAAUAUGGUGGUUAGUUGCAAGAGCUCUUGCAGUAGACUGCUGGGCUCUAAUCCCUGUGCCACUGCUUCUUAGUUGUGUGACUUUAGGCAUCAUAAUAGUUUGUGUUGGUUCUGAACAUUGAGUUAUAUGUGUUAAAUGCUUAGAACAAUGCUUGACACCUGGCAAGAGCUCAAUAGGAGUUUGCUGCUGUUUUCACCAUUCCAGAAGGUACAAGAGUCUAAACUUACAUUUAGAAGAGUGAUAAGUUUGUGGAUCAAAACUCUUUUCUUCAUAGAAGAGGUGGAGUACAGUAUGAUCUCUGUUCAUAUGAAUACCUUAUGCCCUUUUAUAAAUGCUUUUUCCCCUUUAUAAAAACUUAUAGGCCGGGCAUGGUGGCUCACACCUGUAAUCGCAGCACUUUGGGAGGCCAAGGCGGGCGGAUCACGAGGUCAGGAGUUCGAGACCAGUCUGACAUGGUGAAACCCCGUCUCUACUAAAAAAUUGCAAAAAUUAGCUGAGCGUGGUGGCACGCACCUGUAAUCCCAGCUACUCAGGAGGCUGAGGCAGGAGAAUCGCUUGAACCCAGGAGGCAGAGGUUGCGGUGAGCUGAGAUCGUGCCACUGUACUCCAGCCUGGGUGACAGAGUGAGACUGACUCAAAAAAAACGUAAAAAAUUUGGAGAGUAGAAGAAAAAAAAAGUUUCUCAUGGUGGGUAUCUAAAGUAAUCACUACACAUUUUGCUCUGUGUCUUUUAGCUUUGUUUCCUCCUUAAGCUUAGGUUUUAAAAAUAUGUAGUUAUAAUUGUAUAAAUAAUUCAAAUAUUGAUUUUUUUAACUUAUGCUAACAUGAAUAUAAUUUCCUGUGAUUAGUAUUUAUACAGUAAUUAUAAAUGCUUGCAUAAUAAAAUCAAGGUGAUUUUUCACCUUUGUUUAUUUAACCUUGUGUUUCUUUUUGUUUAUCCAACCAUUUGUGUUCUUAUUCCCAGUUUUUUUUGUGAGUGAUUCUCUGAUGACUGUAUUUCUUUAUAAAAACUCUUUUUUAUUUGGGCAGUAAUCCCCGAAGUAGAGUCAUUGAGUCAAAGGCAAAAAAUGUCAUUAAAUCUCAAUGCACGUUUACGUUGCUUCCCAUGAGGAUGGGCACGUCAGAUGCAAGAUCUUUUUCACUGUACCUCCUCAGCAUUGGGUAUCAUCUAUAAAAUGCACUAACGUUUAAUGGAAACAAUAUGUCACUGGUGACUGAAGAUUUUAACUAGUGGAUGUGAACGUUUUCUUGUAUAAAUGUUGCCUAAUUGUGUUGCUUCUUUUCUGAAUCCUCUAAUAACAUCUUCUGGCAUCAUCUUGCUGGUUUUUCUUUUUUUUUUUUAAUCACAGAGUUUUAUCAGUUUAUAUUAACUCUUCAUAUAUGAAAGAUAAUAACCGUUUGUCUAUCAUACUUAAGGCAUUUUUUUCUAGCUUGUUCCCCUUUUUGCUUUAAAAACCUUUAAUGUUUUGAAGUUUCAAAUUUCAUUCAGUAUAUUAAUAGCUUCCACUGUGAUUUCUUCUAGAGCUUAAAAAAAACCUCAUAACAUUUUUCUAAAUACAGAGGUGACAGCAGGAAUCACAUAGUGAUUCUUUUCCCUUAUAACUUUAACUGAAAAUAAAAAAAGGACUAUCCAUAUAUGGAUGGUAGAUUCAUUAGCAAAGCCCCCUUUUUUAUAACCCCUCCCCAAACUGUCUCCUCUGUAAAAUGUUUCUUGCUGAUUUCUUCCAGGGAAAAUAAAGCAUGUAUUUGCAUAUAUUUUAACAGGAAUGAGAUCAUGCUGUACUCCUUGUUCUGCACCUCGCUUUUCAUCACUUCAAAAUAUAUUUUUGAGAUGCCUCCAUAUGAACAGUUAGAACCCUGUUAUAGAAGAUUAUUAUAUAUAUGUGUGUGUGUGUGUGUGUGUGUGUAUAGAAUGUUAUAGUAUAUCCUACAAAUAUAGCAUAGUAGUCUACCAAUGGAUGUAUUGUUUAGUCACACCUAUACCGACAGACCUUUGAUCCUUUCCAGAUUGUUAAACUAAGUACGUUCUCCACCUUCCAGAGGUGUAAGAAAUACUCAGUUUUAUUUCCUUCAGGGUUAAUAAUCGCUCUCUGUGCUCGGAACACUCUUGAGAUGCAAUUAGAAGAAGACAAAUCUCUAAAUCAAAGUGGUGGGACCUAAAAAAAGCCUCGAGGGUUAUGAAGGCUUCGCUUUGUGAUUUGAAACAAGGUAAUUUUUUUAAAUUGGCUUUGGUGAUGUGUAUUGGAACACCAUUGUUUUCAGCAUAAUUACGCAUUUCACAGCUUAAUUCAGCCAUUACACAUGAUGCAGUGUUUAGACAUAGCAAUAAUUACAAAUUGUACAUGUUUACAGAUAAACAUACCGCUGAUCAAAAUAAAACAGUGGCAGCAAGAAUGAUGUUCUGUCCAUGUAAGAAAUCAGUGAAAUAUAAUUAAGAACGAACUGUAUCUCAUUGACUCAAAACAUUGCAUCUGCCUUUCUGUCCCAUCUGUUUUCUAAACAAAAAUCUGCCCGCGCUGCGUGGUUGUUUUUAUUUGUAUCCUAUAACCAUCCUCUCGAGUUCCACACCGUUGUAUUUUCUACACCUAAGCUUGGUGUGUUCUGCACAGGAAAUGUUUCUUGGAUGUUUUAUCCUCAUACCAAGUGGGAAUUUAAAAUUUAAGAGAUUACCCACACUCUUUGCCUUUCUGUACGUGUGAUGAAGAAAGAGUGGGUGUAACCCAGCACUCUAAAAUGUGUUUGACCUGUAAAAAAAAAAAAACAAAAACAGUAAGCAAUUAAAUCCUGUUAUAGUUGCUUCUGUGUUUAAAACAUACUUAAUGACGUAUAUAUUUAUUUGAAGCUAACAAAGUCCCCAGUCAGGUUCUUGGGAGUUUUUUUCACAGGACUCAUUGAAGUGUUUGGUCUUUAAAAUCCUUCAUUUCAUGCUAACUGCCAAGUCAAUGCAGACAGUAUGGCCGAACAGAGCUGGUCACAUUUCCCCUGAACAUGCUAUUAAAAAAUAUAUUCGCUGGGAUUCUCCUGACUCAUGGCAUAGCUGAGGUGACUUUGAUUCCGGAGGGCUGUUGCUUAUGAAUUGCAUGUGGAAGAACUAAAAAUUGAAAUGUGAAUUUUCCAAAAGAACACUAUGAUACCAAAAAUGGCUCACUGGCUUGCCUAGAGCUGGGCUGUUUUGUGCCCAAGGUACAGUAAUAAGAACUGGGAUGCAAAGCCCCGUAGGGUGCAUCUGUCCCCUUCCCUGACACCCCUCACUCCCAGAUGGCUCAUGAGUGGCACUGCCCGGUUGUCUCCGUCUCACUCUUGCACGAUGUUCUGCUGCCUGUCUGGGAUGGAGCAGGUGUUCUUUUGAAUGUAUUUGUUAAGCCUCUGAAAUAUAUGCAUUUCCCCCUCCCCAGGAAAAACACACAUGUGCAUGCUCUGUGCUUUUCCCUGUUUACUGUAUUGUUCCCAUCUUUUAUUUUUAUUUUUUCCCUUGGAAUAGGGAAUAUCCACUCAUUUUCUAUUUAGUCCCUUCAGGAAUUUGCCUUAGGGGCUGUUGGGCCAGGCUUCACUGCAGCCAGCCAGAGCUUAUCAGCUGUGUGUUAACCUCUCCCAGACACUUCUUGAACCCUGUUCAUGUAUCCGAGCCUAUGCAUUUGAGCCUCCUCUGUGUAAUGUGGUGCGGCAUUAAAAGCUUACCCAAAUAGCAGGGAUGAUUGCAUCUUGUUGAUUACCAGGGCUGAUAACAUUUUCUUGCUUAGCUAAAAAGAAAAGCCAGAUGACUGUUUCCAGGAACUGAUAAACUGCCAUGCAUCCGGCCCCAGGUGGUCCGCAUGACGGAAGCUACAAGGUUGGAAUCCUCCUGCCGUCCCCUUUUACAGUUCAUAAAUCUUCUGAUUUAUGGGGCCAUUUGUGAUUGCAGACACAUUUAUUCAUGGGGGGAUUUCCAUCGAGAUCAUAACCCACUGCAAAGCAGGAGGAAGAAUCAGGAAUUAGAAUGGUGUACAUUGCUCUUUGUUAGAAAAGAAUCCCGAUUCUUUGGUCAUAGACAAAUAUUUGCUUUUGAAGAAUCUGGUGGUGUGUCGGUGGCUUUGUUCAUAUCCGUGCACAAUCACAUGCUCCCUCGCCUCCCAAGGACCCAGAAGCUUAUGUUACACAGAUCGUUUUAUAAUGCUUGCCAUCCGGGCAUGUUUAUGCAAAGUGUGAAUAACUUUUUGCCUUAGCCUCCUCUUCCUUCCUUCUCCCUCCUUUGAUUUAGCUCAUUUCUGGAAUGGGGCAGAUUUUCAUCUCAGGGAGUUGAUACGGUUUCCUAGGUAGGGUGACAGAACAAGUGUCACCUUAGCUGUAGCUAGAGGUGAAUAUUGCCAUGCAGCUUACUUGCUUUAUAUUAAACCAGCAUUAGAGAAAGAGGCCUUGCAUCUUUUAUCAGCAGUAUGUUAACCUCUCCCAGGCACUUCUUGAAUGCCAUUCAUACAUCUGAGCCCAUGCAUCUGAGCCUUGGAUGAAAUUAAAUCAGUGGAUUAGGAAGUCGGGGGCCUGGACCUCUGGGAAGCCACUUGGCCUCCCUGGGCCUCAAUUUCUUCUGUAAAUAGGUAAAAAUAAUUCUAACAGUUCCCAAGCAUUUACACCUGCUAUCAGAGUCUCCUUAGAUGUUGUGAGGGGGAAAUGAAUGAAUAGAUGUCAAGUCCCCAAGUAGUUUUUUCUUUGUUUGCUUGUUUGUGAUCACUCUGUUGCCCAGGCUGGAGUGCAGUGGAGUGAUCCUGGCUCACUGCAACCUCCACCUCCCUGGUUCAAAUGAUUCUUGUGCCUCACUGUCAUGAGUAGCAGGGAUUACAGGCAUGUGCCACCAUGCCCAGCUAAUUUUUGUAUUUUUAGUAGAAACUGGGUUUCACCAAGUUGGCGAGGGUGGUCUCAUACUCCCAACCUCAAGUGAUCCAGCCACCUCGGCCUCCCAAAGUGCUGGGAUUACAGGUGUGAGCCAUCACGCUCAGCUGCAAGUAGUUUUUACCAUAUAAUAAGGGCUCAGUAAAAUUAGCUCUGAUUACCAUCAUCCUGGUUUACAGAUGAGGAGCGGAGACACAGAGGAGGGCUAAGUCAUGUGGCCAGGGGCACACAGCAUGUAGCAGAGCCCAGGUUGUCCUCAGGAACCUAUGUAUGGUCUUUGCUGUCACCCUGUGCUGCUUCUCAGGAAGGCAAUAGCUUGUCACCCAUUAAAAAUGGGUAGUUAUUUGAAUGAAAAGCAGAAUAACCCCCGGAGGCAGAGGUUGCAAUGAGCUGAGAUUGCACCAUUGCACUCCAGCCUGGGCAACAGAGCGACGCUCCCGUCACCAAAAAAAAAAAAAAAAAAAAGUAAGGACUCCUUGUGUGAAAUGCACAUGCUUGCUUUUAACAUUGCAGUACUGGACUAUAAACAUUUGCUGGGGAUUGGCAGUGACCAGCCAUGGGGCAGAGCAUGGGGCAUGGGAGGGGAGCAAGGCCCUGACCCCGGGAAGCUGCAGUCCAGGGAAGCAGUGUGGACAGUAAGCAGAGAUUUGCAGGGCCGUGUAAUAAAUUCCAGGAGAAAAAGAUCUCCAGGGGCUUGGAGAGGCCUGCGGGAUGGAAUCUGUCUUGAUCCACGUGUGUGUGUAUGGGGUGGUUAGAUGGAUGGGAGGUCUCCAGGGGAGGUGAGCCUUAGGGACUUUCUGUAAAACCAGGGCCCCUGACGUGUGGGCUGUACAAAUUACUGGGAGCCCAACUAUUCAUUUAUCAAUGCACGUCUGUAAAUAUUUUUGUUUUCUUUUUAAACCUUUUUUGUUUUCCUGGGAGACAGAGUCUUGCUCUGUCAUUUAGGCUGGAGUGAGGUGGCGCGAUUUCAGCUUACCACAGCCUCAACUUCCUGGGCUCAAGCUAUCCUUCCACUGCAGCCUCCCGAGUUAGCUGAGACUGUAGGUGCGUGCCACCAUGUCUGGCUAAUUUUUUUUUUUUUUUUUUUUGUAGAGACAGGGUCUCACUAUGUUGCCUAGGCUGGUCUUGAACUCCUGUGCUUAAGUGAUCUGUGCACCUUGUCUUCCCGAAGUGCUGGGAUUACAGGUUGAACCACUGUACAUAUCCCGUGUAAAUAACUUUUAGCCUAUCUAUUCACUAGCUAACACUUUUUCACCAGAAGGAACUUCUGGCAUCUGGGUGUUAAGCUAAAUUAAAGCCUGAUGGUUUUUUUCAGAGGGUGAGAGGAAAAUACUGAAGGGUCAAAUGGGGAAAUGUCAAAUUUCCAUUUUGUCAGCACACUCAGGGCAGCAGUGUGGAAGAUGGAUUUCAAUGGAGUAAGAAUGGAGUCAGAGGGACCACUUAGAGGUAAUUCAGACAAUAAUAAACGAUAGAGGCCCCCAGGUAGGUCCUUGGGGAUGAAGGCAGUUGAGUCUCGGAUGUUAAUGAGGCAGAGUCCUGGGCCUCUGUCCUCCUAGCUCUGAGCUCUUGAACCUUCCCAGGCUCCGGUUUCCUCAUCCAUUAGACAGAAAGCAUGACUGAUUUAAGUGUAUGUUUCAAGAAAAAUUUUAACCACAGCGGGAAGAAGACUGCAGCAUGUUUUAAAAAACAGAAAGCGGAAGUGAUUUGAUAAGAUUAAUUUCAACAGGACUGAUGUGGAACGGCUGCUAGCUUAAUUGGUUUAUUAGGGUCGUGUAGCCACCCUCUUACGAUGGAUACCACGUGAAUUCCAGGAGAUAUAUAGUCUUAGGUUUGUAAGCAGUGCCAUUUGCAGAGGAAUAAGGUUCUUUAUUUCUUAAAUUUGGGAGGGUCUCAUAGAAAUAAGAGACUUUAUAAAUAUCUAGUAACCUGUCACCGCUUUAUGAUACCGCAAAGAUAAAUGAUGCUGAUUGUCGCGUGCUUGGCAUGAUGAAUUAUGUAUGUAGCGUGCCCCGGAGUUCUUUAUGGUUGUGCAUAACGAAUCAGCUUUUGUUCUAGCUUAUUUUCAGUGGUAGUGCUUGUAAAAGAAGAGGUCAAAGCAGAUGCAUUGAAGAGAUGUGGUUGGUGCAGGAUGAUCAGGUUUUGCUGUCCUGUUCUGUGCAUUGCUUUUGUUUGUGCUUUGAUUUUUCAUUAUCAACUUUGGGGAGGGUGGGAGAGCAGCCUUGUGGCAUUAACAGCUGCAUGAUAGCACAGAGCAGGCAGCGACUCUUCUUGGUUCAUGCACCUCAAAAGCAGCCCUCUUUUUGCCUUCCUCCUCCUCCUCUCUGCACCUGCUUUGCAUAGCUCUUAACUACUUUUCCACCUAAUAAUAAAGGAAAUUGAAAUAAAUGGUUAGGAACAUGCCCAUCAUCUUUUUUCUCACUGACUUUCUCUAGACUCUAGACGAAACUAGAGAGGAUUAAGAAAUGUAAAACACAGCACAGAAUGUCUUUUUUUCCUCUCCCUUUUUCUCUUCCCCUAGCAAAGAUUUCUUUAGAAUCUGAGUGAGAUAUCAGAGGUGCUGUUUGCAUAUGAAGUGGCGAUGACUAUGGGUGGAAGCCAGUUGUAAGGUUGCAUAGUCAUUUAUAACUUCUUUCUAUGUGAAGGUUACUACCGACUUUAUGAGAGGAGCCUCCCAGACUCAGGUGUCAUGCCUGACUCAUGAGUAAUUCGUUAGAGAGGGCCCAAGCCAUGUAUUUCAUUGUGGGUUUGUGAGCGGCCUCAUCUUCCAUAAGAUGAUCAUUUGUUGGGCUGAUCCAAGGCAAAGAUCCGAGUAGUUGGGAGUAGCUCCAAAUUGGGAUGAGCCCAGGCCUACUGUGCAUAUCUGUUUGGAAGGGCACAUCUGUCUACCAAGGGCUGGUUCCAGUGUAUUAGCCGAGUGGCACUAGGUAAUCAGUUUACAGUCAGUUUAAAAAAGUUGAGGCUAUCCUUCUCAGUGAUUAAUUACGGCUUUUAGCUCAUACUAGAUUAAAAAAAAUCUUUGCAUCUUUGCAAGAAUAAUCAUUAACUUAGUUUGUCUAUAUUAUUAGCUGAAAGAUGCAACACAGUGCUCAUGCAGUGUAGAGAAAUGAGAUAACAUCUCGAGUUUACAUGUAAGUAGCUAUUUGUCAGGAUAUUUAUUCAUUGA